AUGGAAGGGGGACAAAAUAGUGUGUCCAGUGGGCAGGUAGCACAAGUUAAACAGGUUUUGGAUGACAUUGAUAUUGACGUAAUGAUAGUAUGGUUGAAUAUUCUUGAAUUGGACAUGUCUGUUCAUACCAAAGAACCUAUUAGGGAUAGUAAAUUGUCAGGACCCGAAUGGGUAAGGGAGAUUAUUUAUGGACAUUCAGAUAGGAUAUAUGAAGCCUUCAGGAUGGAGAGACAUAUUUUUCUGAACCUAUGUGGUUUAAUGAGCGCAAGAGGUUUGUUGAAAGAUAGUCGAUAUAUAAGGGUAGAUGAACAAGUUGGGAUAUUUUUAUCUUUGGUUGGUCACAAAAACUCCAAUAGAGAUUUAUGUGAAAGAUUCCAACGUUCAGGAGCAACAAUAAGCAAGUAUUUUAAUAUAGUGUUGAAAGCAGUUAUUGAACUGUCAAAAGAAAUUAUCAAACCAUCUUCCUUUGAUGUUGUCCCAGAGGAGAUUCUUAUGGAUCCUAACCAUAAACGCUACUUCAAGGACUGCGUAGGUGCUAUUGAUGGCACCCACAUUAAUGCUUCCAUCCCUAUAUCGCAGCAAAUCCCAUAUAGAGGUAGGAAAGGAAGUACCACACAGAAUGUGAUGUGUGCUUGUUCGUUUGAUAUGAAAUUUACUUUCGUGUAUGCUGGGUGGGAAGGAUCUGCCAAUGAUUGUCGGGUGCUCUCAGCAGCACUCGAGACUCCUCGAUUGCAAUUUCCUCGACCACCACUCGGCAAAUAUUAUGUGGUAGAUUCUGGUUAUGCAGCACUUCCAGGAUUUUUAACUCCGUUUAAAGGUGAACGGUAUCAUUUGAACGAUUAUAGGGGUAGAGGGAGACGGCCCAGAAUAGCGAAAGAAUUGUUCAAUCAUAGGCACUCUUCACUUAGGAAUGUCAUUGAGAGGUCAUUUGGAGCAUUAAAGAAUCGCUUUUUCAUUUUGAGACACAUGCCUCCAUUUUCAAUUCGAAAGCAAGCACUUAUUGUAAUUGCUUGUUGUGCUCUCCAUAAUUACAUUCGUGAGGAAGACAAGAUGGACAAAAACUUUUCCCAUUAUGGAGAUCCGGAGUACCCGUUCGGACCUACACAAAUGGAGGUUGCAGACGAUACAUCACUUACGGGGGUAGCUGAGAUAAACGUGAUUAGAAAACAUAUUGCAAAUAAAAUGGCAAGGGAUCAUAAUAUGGAUGAGAUUCCAUGA